AUGGAAGUGCCCGUGUACAAUGAGAACGUUCCACCGCUUCCUCCACCUCUUCGACUCACCAGCAUUCCGGAUCGUCCUGGCGCGAUGGCCCUGGGCUGGGCAGGCAACUACACGGACUUCUCACAUCUCCACGGCUCAGUUGUAUUUGUGCUUCAAACUCGUUUCUGUGCUUGCAAGUACUUUGACCCGGCGCAUGUCUCCCCCUGGCAGACCCUUAUUAUGGUAGGUGUGACCAGGAUUUAUUUCCAUAUGCUGUUUUCUACUCGUGGAGAUGGCAAAGUCUCAAGUGAGAACCAGAUAAAGCAAGCGGUUCCUACCCUUGUGUGCACCUGUGUAGACAAACCCUGA